CGCUUCUCCCUCACAACAGCUGUGUCGGGACCGGCUUUGGCAGGCUGGAGAGGAAUUUAAAUGUUUUUAAUUCCUUGCUUCUGCAUUUUUUCGUGUGCGUCCUGAAGAUUUGAAGCAGGUUGAAGUGAAUCCUUCUGACUGAAAGUCACACGGAUUAAACUUCUUGGUUUGACCGCCAAGGGUCCGGAUACUGGAACAGGAGACUGGACUGCUUUUGUUUUUUUUAAGCAUUUAAUUUGUUUGAGUUUGAAAGCAAAGUGCCAACUUUGCACCUUUAUAAAUCGUUGAAGUGAAAACAGGCGUGCACGUUUUCACAUACAAAUCCGACAGUUCUAUUUUUGUCUCCAAUUUUUUGCGCAAGAAUCCAAAAAGUCUAAUUCUAUUGAGUUUAUUUGUUAAAGUUUUUUAAGUUUUACUGAAACACUUCACAAGUUGUAAUUUCUUCUGUAAGUCUGUUAUCAAUUCAGUGAAAAGAACAAAGCUGCUCAUUUCGCUGCGGAACUUGCUAUUUAUAUAUUUUGUAAAGGGUGUGGGUGCUGCUACAGUAAUCUCUGCUUUCCCAUUUUUUUUCCUGCUUUGAAAGUUCAUUAUCAAAACAAAGAGGCGCGUCGUAGGGGUUAAUUUAGCACCAAGCAAGAGGAGCGCCAAGGCGCGCGCACACAGUGGAGUGGUUUGUGCCGAAUCUCAGAGGCGAUGCCCUUUUGUGGAGAGGUCUCUUGUCACUGAGGACACACGGCAUUCACAGUUGGGACACAAGGACACAACAGAGAAGAACUGAAUAUUUAAAAGGCUUCAUUCUUCCCCCCUCCACUGCCGCUGUGUGUUGACUGUAGGCGUCUGAGAGGAUCUUUGUUGCCUUGGAGAAAAGUGGAGAAGGGGAAUACGUGCCGUGAACGAGUUGGAGGGGGGAGAUCUAAAGGACAGUGUCACUGCACCCGAUGGUGUCACCAUCUCACCCAAAAGUCUGAUUUCUCACACUUUCCCGGUGUGCGUUGGAUGAAACUCCCACUUUUACGCGUCUUUUUACGCACGAGUGCUGCCAGCGCGGGACGAGACGAUGUGAUCAUGAAGCUUUUGGCCACGAUUCCUGUCAUGGGUCGCCCAGAACUCUGUUUUUUGCUUUAAAGGAAGUACUUUGGUGCCGAAAGAAUGCCAACUGAUAAAUACUCAAACAUGGAGGAAAAACUGUGGAUACUCGAGGAUCUGAAUAUGAUGUACAUCCGUCAGAUUGCGCUCAGCUUACAGGACAGUGACAUUCAGAAAAAGAUUGACCAUGAAAUCCGGAUGCGCGACGGAGCCUGCAAGCUGCUGGCUGCCUGCUCACAAAGGGACCAGGCUUUGGAGGCAGCGAAGAGCCUGCAAACGUGCAGCACUCGUAUCAUGGCCUACAUGUCGGAGCUGCAGAGGAUGAAGGAAGCUCAGGUCAUGCAGAACAUCCCCCGGAGAUCAUCAGAUGUGGGGCCAAUGGACGACCGACUCCCCUGCAAAGGAAAAGUGGCGAUCUCAGAUCUUCGAAUCCCUCUCAUGUGGAAAGACACAGAGUACUUCAAAAACAAAGGAGAGCUUCAUCGCUGUGCGGUCUUCUGUCUGCUGCAUCUGGGCGGGGAGAUCUUUGACACCGACAUGGUGAUCGUGGACCGGACACUCACCGAUAUUUGCUUUGACAACCCGAUUAUAUUUAGUGACGCUGGCCCAGGUUUUCAGCUGCAUGUCGAGCUCUACAGCUGCUGCUUUGAGGAAGACUACUCUACAGGAAGCACACCAAGGAAACUAGCUAGCAAGCUGAGCUCUUCACUCGGGCGAUCAGCGGGGAAGAAGCUCCGAGCGGCCAUGGAGUCCGGACCGGGUAGUCCUGUCAGCAAUGGAGGGGCAUCGCCGCUUCUGCUGCCAGUUCCCUCCGUACAGGGCCCCAAGUACCACCUCUUAGCUCAUACCACCCUCUCGCUGUCGCAUGUCCAGGACAGCUUCCGCACCCAUGACCUCACUAUUUCAGGCAACGAGGAGUGCUCAUACUGGCUGCCGCUCUAUGGCAGUAUGUGUUGCCGCCUCGUGGCUCAGCCCAACUGUAUGACCCAGCGGAUGAUGAGCGGAUGGUUGAAAGUUAGGCAGUGUGGAGGUGACCCUCAGAGCUGGUCCAAAGUCUUUGCUGUUCUCAAAGGAACAAGUCUGUUCUGCUACCAUCGCCAAGAGGAUGUGGAGACCAAUAUCGAGCCCGUCUUCACUAUUGGAAUUAACAAGGAGACCAGAAUACGAGCAUCAGACAAAGACCCUCAUAGUAAAGCUCAGAACAUCUGCAUCAGUAACCAGUACGGUGGCGAGGAAGUCACUCACACAUUGACCACGGAAAGCAGAGAGGACACACACGGAUGGAUGGAGGCCUUCUGGCAGCAUUUCUAUGAUAUGAGCCAAUGGAGGCAAUGCUGUGACGACGUCAUGAAAAUUGAACUUCCAUCGCCAAGGAAACCGGCACCUAUCACGCCAAAACAGGGAUCUCUUUACCAUGAAAUGGUUAUUGAGUCAUCCGAUGACCUCAGCAGCACUGUGUCAGACAUCUUGGCACAGCGGAUGCAGGAGUUGGAGCUCCGUAGCCAGCUGGGCACCUCUCCCACCUGGAUGUCUUUGUUUGAGGAGAACCUUCCAAAAAGUGCCGGUUUCACUCGUCAGUGUACUCCCCGCCUGUCUGGCCUCAGCCCCAGCUCUCCUCGUGCAACACACCAGAGUCCUCUGAGCUCCCAACGCUCCCCCCAGCUGGGUCUUCUGUCCUCGGACGCGAGCCUGACGUCCGACAGCGACAGCCACUGCAGCAGCCCCCGCUCUCACCACUACGGCUGGCCCGAGCCGUCCUCAAACUUGUCUCUUUUGUCGUCGUCUCCUUCGCGUUUGAGGCCACGCACUCUUUCGCUGGAUGCUAAGCUCAGUACUCUCCGGGGAAAGGGCUACGGCGGGACCUUUCAGUGCCCCUGCCAGCCUCCGCCCUCGUCACUGCUCGCUCCGCUCCCCAUGUCCUCUCGACCCCCCCGGUCACCGCGCGGCGCGCAGACCACCCUCUCCUGCUCCAGCUCCACCUCCAGCAACAGCUCCAGCAACAGCGAAGGCAACCACAGCCCCGAGUCAUCCGAGGGUGUUUCUUUCUCAAGACCCUCCCCGGUCCGGCGCAGUUUGAGGAACCUCAGGGCCAGACUUGAUCCUCGGAACUGGCUCCAGAGUCAGGUGUGAAUUAGUUUGACAUUUUAGGAUUAUUUAAAGGCAUUAAAGUGGGAUUUAACUGGCUUAACAUGUGAACUAAACUCAGGCAAUUGCUUGGCAAUGUGCACAUCCCUGAAAAAUAAGGCAGUAGGAUGGCCUCAAAUCAAGGAUGGAGUAAUGGAAGACUACCUGUGGAAUGUCUUCUUUGCUAAAGACCCAGGUGACAAUCACUGCUGGGGGUGUUGAGCUUCCGCAGCUUUAAAUUUGAGAGGUACUCUGCUUGUUACCUGGGAGAAAGCUCUGUUACUGUUUGAAUACGGAAUGACGUGUCUGUGACUCUCUCUGAAACCCUACUUUUGAAACUGGAAAAGGUUUAAUUUUUGUCCAUCCUCCUGAUGUCUUCAUACCAUGAUGUGGAGCUGUGUUUUCACUGGAUGAUAAGUGUUGUCAUAUCCAGGUGAUUUGUGGGGAAAUCAACUACAAAGAUGGCCAAGAUUUCAAAAGUUAGGGACUGCUGCUACGUGUAGAGGUAAUUGGUUUGUUUCUUGUACUUUGACUCCUAAUUCAGUGCACUGACCCAAUCACAAAUAAUCUCUGCAAGUGUCCCCAAAAUAUGCAUGAUUUGGCCUGUUCUUAAAAACUAAUUGAGAAAUUGCAAGUGGAAGCUUAAUGAAAUUGUUCAUAUUUACUGUACUAUUUAUGACUGUGAUCUCCUAGAGUAAAAAAGCUAAACUGCUGAGGUCUUUAAAUAUUUAUCUGCACACACAGAACAGGUUGUCGUCCACUAAUCCAUCCUGGUCCACAAAACUGGUAGAAUCCAAAGCAUAUACUUCUACACUGAAGUAUUUUAGGUUUUCAUUGGAUGGGAAUUCCUAAAUUUAAAAAUAUAUAUUUAUGUCUGUGAUAUGAUAAACCACACAUGUAAACUACACAUUCAGGGCCUUUUGUUUCAAAACCUCUAGUUCUUUCUUUAAGUCUGAGCCCACAUAAAAGGAGUAAAACCUCGUCUUUUUUUUCUCUUCCGUCAUCCUCUUGGGAAAAAAAACUUUACUUUGUUUUUUCAAAAACGCAUUUAAUACUGUAAAUAAAUUUUAUAAGUUAACUGUUUUCUCUUGUUGAUUUUAUAAAAUGUUUAUAGAUAUGUGAUAAUCACAACAUAUGAUGUGCAGAUCUUUAACUGUUAGGAUCAAAUACUGAAUGUCGUAACCUUGCUAGGCUCCCUUGUUAGCAGGCUUUGUGAUCUGCAUGUGCGCCUUCCUCAAGGGAGAACAAGAAGUGAGGAACUCUCAUGUUUAAGUAAUGUAAUACUAAUUAUAAUAAAUGUUUUAUUAAUCUGUCUCAUUA